AUUUCAAAAAUAAAAUAAACCCCAAAGCUCCCGUCUUCUCCCGCCAAAAUCUUGCCCCCGAUUCAAUCUAUAUUGUAUAUUACCAAUAGCCUCGUUUCCUGGAUUCGCCGUCUGAAGAGUCGCUUCUAAACCGGAAAUGGAUAUCUCCGACGUCGCCAGGAAGCUUGGUCUCGCCGAGAACAAGCUUCUGGUCCGGAAAGCUGCCGAGCUUCGCCGUCUCUGCGAUGUCCAGUUCGAUUCCUCCAUCAUCGGCGUUGGUGAGAUCUGUAAAUCUGUGAUAUGUCUGGAGAUCGCAGCGUCUAGGCUGCAGGUUAUUUUCGAUAGACAAGCAGCGAUUAAGUUGAGUGGUAUGUCCGAAAAGGCUUAUACAAGAUCGUUCAAUACACUGCAAAAUGGCAUUGGUCUCAAGAUUAAGCUGGAUGUAAGAGAAUUAGCGAUUCAAUUUGGCUGUGUGAGGAUAGUUCGGACAGUGAGGGAAGCGUUGUCUCUAUACAAGGAGCGGUUUAUUACAUCUUUACCAGCGUCAAGACGGGCAAAUGCCGAUUUCACAAGGCCCGUGUUUACAGCUGCUGCUUUCUAUUUGUGUGCCAAGAAGCAGAAGCUCAAGGUAGACAAGAACAGGUUGAUUGAGGUUUGUGGGACAUCAGAAUCUGAAUUUUCCUGUGUAUCUACCUCAAUGAAAGACCUCUGCUAUGAUUGUUUCGGGGUUUCGAAGGAGAAGAGAGAUCCAAAGGAAGUGAAAGGAAAUCGAGAAUUGCUUGAUGUGUUGCCCGAAAAGAGGAGAGUGGAGGAUGGUGGAUAUUCCUCUGAUGAUGGGGAUGAGCAUUCAUGUCACAAAAAGAGGAAGAGGACGGAGGAAGGCAAGUAUGAGGAUUGGAAAUCUACUGUCAUUGCAUCGAUAAAGCAGGACCCGGAUAAAGGAACUCGGAAGAGAGCGAUACAGAGCAGUCUCAAUUUCCCAAAAAAGGCUCCGGAGAGUCAAGAGAUGCAAGUUUCAUAGCCUUUGAUUAUAUCUUGGAGAAGUUGAUGGCUAAAAUUGUCAAAACAUGUUUUUUCCUGACAUUUUCUUGUAAUAAUUUCAUUGUAAAUUAUGAAAAGAUUAAAACAAGGAUUAGAUAUUCUUUGA